AGCGGCUUCCGUUCUGUGAGGGAGGCGGAACAUCGCUUGUGCUUGCGGCGUGCGUGAAAAAUGGCGGUGGCCGCCAAGAGGCAGCGUGGAACCGGGCCGGGUCCGAAGAAGAAACGCGCCAAGAAGUCUCCGACGGAGGGACAGGAGGGGAAAGAUCCGGCCUCGGUGGCCAACGCAGGGGCUGAGGAGCACCAAGUCCCGCCUCCUGUCUCGCAGGGCAAAUGGAAGAACAAAGAGAGGGUGCUUAUUUUUUCUUCGCGGGGAAUAAAUUUUAGGACCAGACAUCUAAUGAAAGAUCUGCGAACAUUGAUGCCCCAUUCUAAAGCAGACACCAAAAUGGACAGGAAGGACAAGCUUUUUGUCAUCAACGAGGUAAUUUAUUUCAAUUCUGCAUUUAUUUUAAAAGCACUUACCUGAGAAAGGCUAAGGGAAAUUUGGCUUAAGAGACGAAGCAUUCAAAGGGCUAGGAAAUGUUUGUCAAUAUGUGUCCAGCUGCUGAGUCAGUUGAUAUUUGGGCUUCCUUUUUCACAGCUGUUGGAAUAAUUUGUAUGUGUGGUCCCAGAAGGUUUUCAAAGUGAAGUGAUUUAAACAUAACUUGUAUUUUUACCAUUUUGCAAUACAACUAUAUUUCUCAGUUGUACAACUUCAGUUUUACAGAGAACUGUACUAAUUU